GGCCGUCCACUGCGCACUCGCGGAAGCAAUACAUCCCUUAUCCCUUCAUAUCACGAGUCAUACGAGCCCCUCGGGCGUUUACUGUGGUUGCGUGGUUCGCCGUGGCACGUAAUCGACAGUUUCCUCGUCGAAUGUCCGUGUAAUUAAAACAAGCUGUCACCAUGCCAUCGGUUCGCAGAAUGAUCCUGGGCCACGUUGUGUCCGGCGUGUACAACAAGAUGAGCCGCCGUAAGAAGCUGGAGGGCGACCUGCUCGAGACCCCGAUGAAAAGGUGUCUUUCCACCAUCGACAUCACGUUGCUCGGUGUGGGUCAUAUGGUCGGGGCCGGGAUUUACGUGUUGACGGGAACGGUCGCGCGCGAUACAGCUGGACCCGGAGUAAUCUUCAGCUUCCUCGUGGCCGGUUUUGCUUCCAUUUUGGCGGCGCUUUGUUACGCUGAGCUAGCCGCCCGUGUGCCGAAGGCGGGCAGUGCGUACGUCUACACUUACGUCUCCGUUGGCGAAUUUUUGGCCUUUAUUGUAGGAUGGAACCUUAUCUUGGAGCACAUGAUCGGCGCGGCAUCUGUGGCGAGAGCUUGGAGCGGAUACGUGGAUUCAUUGGUAGGCGGUGCAAUUAGCAAUUACACUCGCGAUGUGAUGGGUGAAUGGACCAUGGGAGAGCCGCUGGGAGCCGUUCCGGAUGUCCUGGCUAGCGGAUUAUGCCUGAUCUAUGCAUUACUCUUGGGAGUAGGAGUGAAGACCUCGGCGACGGUGAAUUCGGUGCUGACUAUCGUCAACCUCAUGGUGAUGGGACUGGUUGUCGUUUUGGGUAUUUACUACGCGGACCUUACAAACUGGAGCAGCCAGAACGGUGGUCUUCUGCCGUACGGUUUUAAUGGCAUAAUCAGAGGUGCGGCUACGUGUUUCUAUGCCUACGUUGGUUUCGAUUCGAUCGCGACUGCCGGGGAAGAGGCUCGCGAUCCAGGACGGAGUAUUCCGGUGGCGACAUUACUCUCGAUGGCGAUAGUAACUGUUGGAUACAUGUUGGUAAGCGGCGCCUUAACGCUGGUCGUACCGUAUUGGCGUAUUAAUCCUACCGCCGCUCUUCCGGAAGCAUUCUCAUCCAGAGGUAUCCCGUGGGCUAAAUAUGUGAUAAGCGUGGGUGCCCUUUGCGGAAUGACUACGACUCUCUUCGGAUCCCUAUUCUCUCUCCCGAGGACAAUGUACUCCAUGGCAAGCGAUGGUCUGUUAUUCGGCUUCCUCGGUCACAUCAGCGAGCGUACGCAAGUGCCGGUGUGCAAUCUCAUCAUAAGUGGAUUCCUCAGUGCCUUAAUCGCUCUACUGUUCGAUCUCCAGCAUUUGGUGGAGUUUAUGUCGAUCGGGACUCUGCUCGCGUACACCAUCGUGGCGGUCAGCGUUAUCCUCCUGAGGUAUCUGCCUGAGCAACAGCCGUCCAAUCAAUUCGACGUCAGUACACCGUGCAGUAAUUGUUCCUCGCCAUCCACGGAGGAAGCGGACUCCAGCAGCAUCGCGUCUGUCAAGUCCGAACUGCUAUGCGAAGGAUCUGGCAGGUUCAAGCCGCGAUACGCCUGGAUGGAAUACUUAUUGCAAGACUACGACACUCGACAUGUCAUAAUCGCUUGUCUGCUUAUCUACACGAUAACCUGCGCUUUCCUUAGCACCUUUAUGAUAGUAGCAUUCGAAAUGACAAUAGAGUUGGUGAAGAGCGAUUACUUCCUUGCAGCGAUCUAUGUUCCUCUACCCAUUGCAUGUCUUUUCGUAAUUAACGCUCACAGGCAAAAUCCACCCACUGGGAAAUUCCGAGUACCGCUGGUACCUGUAAUACCGGCGUUGAGCAUCCUUUUCAACAUGGCUCUGAUAAUGCACCUGUCUUCAAUGACGUGGCUACGGUUUCUCGUAUGGAUGAUAAUCGGAAUGAUGGUCUACUUUCUAUACGGCAUCCAUUAUAGUAAAGAAGCCGCCGCCACUCCAAAUUCAUAUUCCGUCUUAAUGGCUACUUCAGAAGCCGAGAAAGGUACAAAGUGGGGAUCUACAUUAUGAGUCAGUUCGAAGAAUGACAAAACACCUAUUCUGAGCGACAAGGAACUCGUUGACUAGAAAUAAGUCAUACAUAUUUAUCAAUUGUUUUCCUUAUUCAAUGCUCGCCAGUGGAGCCGCGGAAGUAGAGUUCAAAUUUUAAAAUUAAAACAUUACGAUCAACAACGAAAUAUUGUACAUAAAACUGUAUGCAAAGCGAAUUAUAACGCAGGUCAUUAUAACGCUAAUGCAACAGAAUGCAAGACACUAAUCUUUAACAGUUUUUUAUUAUUAAUUUUGAUGUACUAAUGUACAUUUGACUAUGCCACGAUAUAUUAUUGUUUUAUGUGUAAAAAUUAUUUUGUAUUUUUCAUUUAUAUUCAACACUUUUUCUACUUCGGCCACUCCACUUUACAUGUUGCUUGAAAUUCAAAGUUUAUGGAAUAUAUUUUGUAAAUAUUGAUCCUUAGAAAACUUCUUGACUCGUGCAAGUUUUGAAGUUUUUUCGGAAAAGUUUUGUCUGGUACAAAAAAUUAUUUUUGGUACUUAGCUUUAUCCGACUAAUUACAACAGUGAUUCCUAUCAUUUAAGAUUAUAUUUUUACUUUUUAACAUGAUCAACGAAACAUUAUCGUUCUUUUCUUUUUAGAUUAUUAUUAUUAUAUAGUCGUAAGAUCAAAGGACGUGUGUUUUACGAAAUAUUGUUUCGUAAAUAUAUUUGAUGUUUGUAUUUAAUGAAGAGAAAGAUAAUUUUUUUGGUUUAUUUAUUAUAUGUAUAUUUUAUUACGCACAAAUUUAAUCGUCGAUGAAAAUUGCCAUUUCUUUCAUUUCGCGUAGUUUUAUUUUAGCAUAAAUAUUGAUUACGACAGUGAUAAAAAGUAUUCUUUCCAUGGUCAUGACAAAAAUGACAAAACUUAUAUUUUAUUUUAUCAGUUAUAUUAGAGUUUACUAAAUACUUGCGUAACUUUAUGUAAAUGAUUCGUACGAUCGAAUCUACAAUUGCAUCUUGAAAAUGGGUAGAUGUAUUGCAAAAAUUAAGAAUUUAUGAAUCUCACAAUAGACUCAUUCUUACUACAAUAAUUGUGAUUAAAUUUAUAUAUAUAUAUAUAUAUUAAUUUGUAUAUAUGUUAAAAUGUGUAUUAUUAAUUCUCUUAAUUCACUAGUCGAUUUAUAAAAUUAGUAAAGUUGCGAAAGAAUAAUUAGAGCGCAAUACGUUUUGCAGAAGAUUUAUUAUGAUACCAAAAAUGUUAUAUCUAUAAUAUAUGUAUAUAUACUCUUUGCGUGAUAAAGUAUUAUCGUUUAUUAUCUAUCAUUUAUGUGUGUAUUAUACACACACAUAUUGUGCAACAAAUAUAAUUAUAUGGUGUUACGUGAAAAGUAUACAUAUGAAGAUAUACGUAAUAUCAGUGUAUUAUCGAAUUAAGAUUUACAAAACAAGAGGCAAAUUUAAACGACACAGUUUAGUUGGAUUUAUUUAUUAAGAGUCAUUUAUAUCCUUUUAAUGUAAAAAUAAAUGAUAAAUAUAGUUUAGUAAUGCAAUCUCCAAAGUAAUGUACAAAUAAUAAUAUAUUCCACAAUUGAUGAUUAUUAUUGUAUUUAAGAUGCGUCUUAUAUGAAAUGAGAAAUCUCGAACAGAGACAUUAUUAACAAACAAUUAAAAAA